AUGGAGUCUGCUACGGUAUCUUUGGUUUGCAGUACCGCAAAAAUUGUUCUGUGGUUCCUGUCAUUAAUCAUAAUGAUUUUACUAAGCGCGGAAGAACUGGUACAAUUUGUCAUCAUGUUUAUAAAGUACGUUCAAUUUUUAUUUUUUUUAAAUUAAAACAGCCGUACAAAAUUAAUUCCCCAAAUUUUCUUCCGGGACUUUAAAACGAUUAUUAUAAAUGCAUUGUACAAAUGAAAAUACAAUCCACUCUAUAGACUUCGUGAAAUUUAAUCAGUUCGUAUAAGACGUUUUUUUGUUCAUCGUGUACACACAUUUUCAUUCAUAUGUGAUAUAAUUUCGUGAACAACAAUGAUAACACGCUACGAUUCGUCAUCCGUACAGUCCAAUGAAAAUUCAAUUCUUAUAUGGUAAAACUAGUGCUUAAACGCGAAUUUUGUUUUUAAAUAUAAAAAUUGUUUGUUUGCGAAUUUCUAUUGGUUAUAUGUAAAAAGCUUUGUAAUUUAAAAAAAAGAAAACUUUUUUUAUUAAAUCCUAUAACAAAACAAAAUUGUAAUCAUUUAAAGUUCCAUUGUACUGCAAUACAGAGUAUAUGACGCGUACAUGUAUAAAAAAGAAAAUACCUUUGUUUGUCCUGCAGGGUCAUUUCCAAAACCAUACAUAGGUACCAAUCAAUUUGUACGGGGCUUUUUUUCUUAAAUUCUUAUGUCGUUUAUUUAACGGGGAAUGUAAAGAUAGAUAUAAUCAUAGUAUUAUAUUAUUUUUGAUAUUGUUAGUGCUUUAUACAUUCGUAUACUGUUAACAGAAAAUCGUAACAUUAUUUACAGAGCAUUUAUACAAAUUGUGGAACCAGAAAUAAAUAUUCAUAAUACGUCCGAAGUAGUGAUUGCUACCUUCCCUAAAACUUUAUUUCCGGAUGCUACUGUCGGUCCGAGCCAGACUGUCAGUACUACGCAACACAUCCUACCGCCGGCCAAAACACAACCUAUUACCAAUUCGUCAAGUAAGUAUAGCUAUAAUUAUUUUAAAAACUAAAUGUUCAACAUCGGAAUCAUGUGCAUUUUAAAGUAAGUUAUACAUUUCCGAUGUAGAAUCUGCUACCCUGACAGGAAAAUCGUAUACGGAUGCUACUGUCGGUCAAAGCCAAACCGUCAGAACUACGCAACGCAUCUUACCGCCGGCCAAAACACAACCCAUAGGCAAUUCGUCAAGUGAGUAUAGCUAUAAUUAUUUUAAAAUACUAAAUUAUCAACAUCGAAAUCCUGUGCAUUAUAAAGUUAAUUAUACAUUUCCGAAGUAGCGUCUCUCACUUUGACUGAAAUAUCGUUUCCGGAUGCUUGUGUCGGUCCAAACCAGAGCGUUGGUACUACGCAACGCAUUUUACUGCAGGCCAAAACACAAUAUAUUAUCCAUUCGACAAGUGAGUAUAGCUAUAAUUAUUUUAAAAUACUAAAUAUUCAACAUCGAAAUCCUGUGCAUUAUAAUGUUAAUUAUACAUUUCCGAAGUAGCGUCUCUCACUUUGACUGAAAUAUCGUUUCCGGAUGCUACUGUCGGUCCGAGCCAGACCGUCAGUACGACACAACGCAUCUUACCGGUGGCCCAAACGCAACCCAUUAGCAAUUCGUCAAGUGAGUAUAGCUAUAAUUAUUUUAAAAUACUAAAUUAUCAACAUCGAAAUCCUGUGCAUUAUAAAGUUAAUUAUACAUUUCCGAAGUAGCGUCUCUCACUUUGACUGAAAUAUCGUUUCCGGAUGCUUCUGUNGUCGGUCAAAGCCAGACCGUCAGAACUACGCAACGCAUCUUACCGCCGGCCAAAACACAACCCAUUAGCAAUUCGUCAAGUAAGUAUAGCUAUAAUUAUUUUAAAAAACUAAAUGUUCAACAUCGAAAUCAUGUGCGUUAUAAAGUUAAUUAUACAUUUCCGAUGUAGAAUCUGCUACCCUGACAGGAAAAUCGUUUCCGGAUGCUACUGUCGGUCCGAGCCAGACCGUCAGUACGACACAACGCAUCUUACCGGUGGCCCAAACGCAACCCAUUAGUAAUUCGUCAAGUAAGUAUAGCUAUAAUUGUUUUAAAAACUAAAUGUUCAACAUCGGAAUCCCUUGCAUUUUAAAGUAAAUUAUACAUUUCCGAUGUAGAAUCUGCUACCCUGACAGGAAAAUCGUAUACGGAUGCUACUGUCGGUCAAAGCCAGACCGUCAGUACUACGCAACGCAUCUUACCGCCGGCCAAAACACAACCCAUUAGCAAUUCGUCAAGUAAGUAUAGCUAUAAUUAUUUUAAAAAACUAAAUGUUCAACAUCGAAAUCAUGUGCGUUAUAAAGUUAAUUAUACAUUUCCGAUGUAGAAUCUGCUACCCUGACAGGAAAAUCGUAUCAGGAUGCUACUGUCGGUCAAAGCCAAACCGUCAGAACUACGCAACGCAUCUUACCGCCGGCCAAAACACAACCCAUAGGCAAUUCGUCAAGUGAGUAUAGCUAUAAUUAUUUUAAAAUACUAAAUUAUCAACAUCGAAAUCCUGUGCAUUAUAAAGUUAAUUAUACAUUUCCGAUGUAGAAUCUGCUACCCUGACAGGAAAAUCGUAUCAGGAUGCUACUGUCGGUCAAAGCCAAACCGUCAGAACUACGCAACGCAUCUUACCGCCGGCCAAAACACAACCCAUAGGCAAUUCGUCAAGUGAGUAUAGCUAUAAUUAUUUUAAAAUACUAAAUUAUCAACAUCGAAAUCCUGUGCAUUAUAAAGUUAAUUAUACAUUUCCGAAGUAGCGUCUCUCACUUUGACUGAAAUAUCGGUUCCGGAUGCUACUGUCGGUCCGAGCCAGACCGUCAGUACGACACAACGCAUCUUACCGGUGGCCCAAACGCAACCCAUUAGCAAUUCGUCAAGUGAGUAUAGCUAUAAUUAUUUUAAAAUACUAAAUUUUCAAAAUCGGAAUCCUGUGCAUUAUAAAGUUAAUAAUUCAUUUCCGAAGUAGCGUCUCUCAUUUUGACUGAAAUAUCGUCUCCGGAUGCUACUGUCGGUCCGAGCCAGACCGUCAAUACUACGCAACGCGUCAUACCGUCGGCCAAUACAAAAUCUCCCAUUCACAGUGGUCCGCCAAGUGAGUACAGCAAUUAUUAUUAAACUGAAACGUCUAUAUUAUAAAGUUAAUUAUUUGUUUACACUAACUUCGAACCGAUUAAAAUACUAUCUGCAUACCGCUCAUCUUCAACUAUUGAGGUUAUUAGCGUCUAUUAAUUACAAAAUAUUAUUUUUAAGACUAUGGAGAUACAUUAUUAUUGUGAUUCACAACAGGGGAAGUUAAUGAGACAUGUUUUUUUUUUUUAAGUAGUUUUAAUAAUCCUAUGUUAAUGAAAAAAUUGUGUAUGUUUUUGGAGUUUUCUUCGUCAUAAAAAUAAUGACUAUCUAAAAUUUUUCCCGACAAGAACAGUAUUUAUACCUAUUAUAGUUUAUCGGAUAUUCAAAAGCGUAUUAUCUCGAAUAUAAUAAUAAUUUAGGGGAGUUACAGAAACUGUUCAAGUUUUUCCGGUAUCUUUAAAUUCGAUAAUUAUUUCGUACCAUUAACUUACAUCGUACUAACUUAAAGAUAGAUCUUUUUCGUUAAUCUAUAACACGACCGACAAUAACGAACGAUCUAUAACACGGUCCGAACACGACCGUUUUUAUACGGACAUUAAAGUUAAAAUAGUAUUCGGUCAAAAUAUCAGCAGAAAUAUAAUUUACGAAUAAAUGAAAUACCCUUUUUAUACCUUUUACUUUAUAUUUAUUAGUUAUCAACGUGUCGAGUUCUAAACAGACCAACACAGUUGCAACGUUCGGAUCUGUAAAACAUUGCAAAGAAGCAAUAAAUUUUAUUUUGAAUGUGAUGAAUGAACAUAAUCUACAAACUAAG